ACUACUACUAUUACCCUUGGAGCAAGCUUGACUUGACGUUUGCGUCUGCCUCGCAGCUCAUCUGUCAUUUCAAAUGUUUCCCUUUCGAAGUUUACUCGUGAAUGUGUUUAUUUUCACGGUUGUAGCCGUGGAGGAUGAUUCCAUACUGGAAGAGGAUGGUGGUUGGGUAACAAAGUCAGAGGAUAGAAUAGCACAUCCUGGUCUGUGCAACAUUAUGGUAGAGGAUGGAACUUUAACACAAGAACAGUUUCUGGAACGAUACGCCUACUCACAGCCUGUGGUAAUCCGAGGUGCUUCAGACAAUAAGGUCUUUCGUUCCUUAACUCAACGCACAGCUCUUUUGGAUGGAUAUGGACAUACAACUGUGCGACUUAGUUCUGCUAAUAGUUACAGUUAUGCUAAAAGGGACAUAUCAUUUCAAGACUAUUGCUCAAAUCAUGUGCAUCCACAAAAGCUGUCAACAUUAGGCAACGAGACAUUUUACUUUUUUGGUGACAAUAAUCAUGAAGAGUGGGAGAAUCUUCUAGAGAAGUAUAAGCAACCACCAUUUCGACUACCACAUCACACUGCUGCUCUUAGUUUUGGUUUAGCAGGACCUGGUACAGGAGUUCCUUUUCAUUUUCAUGGUCCAGGGUUUGCAGAGACAUUAUGGGGUCGGAAAAGGUGGUUCAUGUAUCCUCCACACAUAAACCCCAAUUUUCAUCCUAAUCGUACAACUCUGCAGUGGUUUAUUGAGGAAUAUCCAAAUAGAAAAGAGGACAUUAACCUUUUUGAAUGUACCCUGUCACCUGGUGAGGUCAUCUAUUUUCCUGACAAGUGGUGGCAUGCAACCUUGAACAUUGAUAGUAGUGUCUUCAUCUCCACAUUUUUAAGCCCAUAGUACUCUUAGAAGAUAUGUGAUAAAAGCACACAUUUUGGUGUGCAAGUAAGUGGGUGGUUUGGAACUAAUUUAUUACGAUGCCACUGAGUUUUCAUUGUGGUAGAGGUAAUUAUUUUUAAUAAUGUACAGUAUAUAUUUUUACAGUGUUUAUUUUCUAUCAGUGGCCGGCCCUGUGAGUUAAAUAAAUUGGCUCUGUGGUCUGGUUAAACAUACUUAAUAAUAUUCCCAAUUGUAACAUCAAAAUACAUUUUUCUCAAAAUCGUCGUCAAUGAACAUUUUCAAGUCAGAUUUCCCCUCUAUGGGCUGAGGCAUAAAAGUUCAUUCUACUCCUUUGUCUUGUGCACUUUCUGCUUGCUGUUCCCUGUCAUUCAGGUCUUCUUUUAUGCCUAUUUUCUUGCUUUUCUAAACCCUCUUGUUUUGCCAUUUCUACAUCCACAACUGAAUAACUGCUCUGCUCUCCUCCCCUUCUUACCACUUGCAUAAGUCAUCCCUCUGUUAAAGUUAUCUCUAGUCACUAAAUCUGUACUUAUUGUACUGUAAUGCUUUAUAUUUAAUUAUCUCUUUGGUAAAUUGUUAUAAUACUGUUUUCCCCCUGUAUUGGAGGCCUUUUUUCCCUACUGGUUCUGCAGCUGCUGUAGUUAAUAAUUUUGUAUUCCUGAUUUUGUUAGCCUCUUCAGACUUCACAUUCCCUUUAGUUUCCUACUUUCUUUUUACGCUGAAUAGAGUUUGAUAUAAUAUUGGGUAUCUCUAUCAAAAGAAACUUAAUUUUAGUUAGUUUCUUCUUAUCUCAUUUUCUUCCUAUCUCUCUAUUUAUCUCAUUUUCUUCCUAUCUCUAUUUAUCUCAUUUUCUUCCUAUCUCUCUAUUUAUCUCAUUUUCUUCCUAUAUAUCUUUUUUAGAGUACUGUGUAAAAUUAAACUCCUCAGAUCAAUUUAUAUAUUGGGCCUGUAAUUAAAUUGUGAAUUAGUGUCUGUUGCUAAAAUUAGACUUGUUGAUUGUGUCAUCAAGAAGCGAUAUAAAGCCUUCAAUGAACUGACCUUCACCACCCCAUAUAGAUCCAAUAGUUGUGCCAGCUUAAGGGUAUCGGCCUGGGGGUUUGGGUUAUCAUAAGCUAUCUUAAUGAAAAUUACAGGGCUAAUUAAUAGUGUUUUAAGGAAUGUAUACAUUAAAUGUUUCUUUAAUUAGAGCAAAAAAAAUUGUGAAUAUUUUUUGUUUUUUUAAUACGUACAUAUUUUCCAAAAUUUUGAAAGCCCAUGCCACCAUUAUUUAUCAAUAAAUUUCAAAAAUUUAAAAAACUAAAUCAAAGUUCAUAGUAUAGAGACUAAAAACGCAGGCAUAAAAUUGUCGAAUUAUGUUUUCUUAACUAUUAGUGUAUAGUACAGAAAAACAUAAAAUAAUUAUAUUAAAUAAUAUACAGUGGUACCUCGAGAUACGAAAUUAAUCCAUUCCGAGGGGGCCUUCGUAUCAUGAGCUUUUCGUAUCUUGGACCGCAUUUUACAUGUAAAAUGGCUAAUCUGUUCCAAGCCCUCCAAAAACACCCCAGUAAAUUUCAUAAUAAAGCUAAAUUGACCUACAAACAAUGAAAUACUACAACAAUUUGGACCAUUCAAUACCCAACUUAAUACGUACUGCUAAUAUACCUGUAAAUAAAGUGUAUUAGUGUACAUGGUAUACAAGAAAUACUGUACGUACAUACGUACGUAUGUAGUAAAAUGUGGAAGCUUACCUUUCGAGUGAGGCUAUCUCCAAAAGUGGCGACAGAGGAGGAGGACAAACAGCAGAUACGUACGUACACUUAACUUUACAAACAUAAAAAAAUGUAAGGAAAACAUAAACUAAACUUUACAAAACACAUUAACAAAACUGUAACAC